UCGGGUCUCUGGAUGUGUUAACUGGAAAAGCAGAAACAAGCUGGGAACACUGGGACACAGGCGCGCUCACGGAGCUCUGACUGGUCGCCAUCUACCCGCUCUUUGUAAGUGUGCGUGUGUGUGUGUGUGUGCGUGUGUGCGUGUGUGCGCGUCUGCGCGUCUGCGCGUCUGUUAAAGCCCCCCUCCGCCCUCCGGUCGUUCCACCGACCCUUCUCUGCUCACCAGGCCGCCUCCCAGCGCUCAUCUCACGGUGUCAGAGGCAGCCGCGCCCCGCUUCUCUCUCCUGGAGGAAAGGGUACAAACAGAGAGGGGAGAAAGUGAGAGAAAGGACGCGCAAUGGAGAGAUGAAAGAGAGUCGGAAAGAGGAGGGGAGCUAGAGGAAAACCCCCGGGCAGGGUUGGAGGAGUGGAAGGACUCCGGCUUUUCACUUUUUGAUCUGUUUUGGGAAGUUUUUCUGGUCCGGAUCGGAGGCCUCCAUCUUGGAGACUUUCUCGUCCGUGUGGAGGAUUUUCCGAUCUCUCCAUCACGCCGAUCAUCAACUCUGAGGGAAAAGUCUUUUUGAUCCUUUUCGGUUUUGGGGCUCCAAUGAGGCGCGCGCGGCCGGCUGAGAGCGAGCCGAGCUGACGGUCAGUGAUCGGUGAUCGAUAGGUCUGAUCGGCUGUGGAGUGACGCGGGGACCGAUCGGGUCUGGAUUUGGUCGGACAGGGUGAGAUGGAGGGUCGGACGGGACUACGGGCCUCCUCCUGCGGGCUGCCGCUUCUCCUCCUCCCGCUGCUCCUGCUGAGCCGCUGCCGGGCCGAGGAAGAGGUGUUGAUGAACACCAAGUUUGAAACAUCCGACCUUCGGUGGACGCACCAUCCUGCUGACGACCCACAGUGGGAGGAAGUGAGCGGAUUGGAUGACGAGUCUAAUAGUGUGCGGACCUAUCAGAUCUGCACACCAGACAGUCCAUCCUCCUAUUGGCUGAGGACACGCUGGAUCCCCCGCAAGGCGGCGACCACCCUCUACGUCGAGAUCCGGUUCACCAUGAUGGAGUGUUCUGGUCUGAACCAGCGUCACUGUAAAGAAACCUUCAACCUUUAUUACUACCAGUCUGACAGUGACGAGGCCACGCCGACUCAGCCGGCCUGGAUGGAGAACCCGUACACCAAAGUCGCCACGGUCGCAGCCGACCACCUACUGCGGCGCGGCGGUGAGCGGCGCUUCAACGUCAAACUGCUGCGCCUUGAGCCGCUGCAGGGGAUGGGGCUUUACCUGGCCUUUCACAGCCAGGGCGCUUGUAUGGCGCUGCUGUCUGUACGCGUCUUCUACAGGAAGUGCCCGCCCCUCCGCCGCGCCUUCGCCUCCUUCCCUGAAACCAUCCCCCACUCUCUGGUGGAGCAGGCUCAGGGUGCGUGUGUGGAGAAUGCCGUGACGCCGCCUGGAGAGCAGUCACGACCUCCCAGCAUGCUUUGUGGCGAAGAUGGGCAGUGGGUGGGGCAGCCGACGUCCAGCUGCGCUUGUCGCCCCGGAUACGAGACGGGCGAGACCGACGUGCGGUGUCGGGCCUGUCCAACAGGUCAGUUUAAGGCGGGGUCAGGACCUGGCGGGUGUAGCCCUUGUCCAGCCAAUAGCAACACACAUGUCCCAGGCUCCGCCUACUGCCCGUGUUGCUCCGGUUACCAUCGAGCUGACUCUGACUCUCCACACGCCGCCUGCACCCGCCCCCCCUCAGCUCCCCGCUCCAUCGUGAGUCAGAUCAACGACACCACGGUGACUCUGGAGUGGAGCGAGCCGCUGGACCGAGGAGGACGAGGAGACCUGACCUACAGAGUCCUGUGCUCCAGCUGUGGGACCGUCACCACCACCAAGGGAUUGGUCGGUUCCUGCUCUCCGUGUGAUGACAGCGUCCUGUACCGUCCGGCGCAGCGCGGUCUGACUCAGCGCCGAGUCGUCAUCUGGGGUCUCCGCCCACACACCAAAUACACCUUCACCAUCCAAUCACUGAACGGCAUCUCUGCUCUCAGCCAAUCGGAGCCAGCUUCUGAGAGAGUCAACGUCACCACCAGCAGAGACGUUCCUCCUCCAGUGUCCAGUUUGAGGAGGGCAGCAGCCUCAGAGACCAGUCUGACUUUAGAGUGGAACGUUCCGGUUCUGCAGAACCAGUACCAAAUCCUGGACUACCAGCUCCGCUACAGCCCGAAGGACGGCGAGGAGGCGGGUCAGUGGCAGUACGUGUCCACCAGGUCUUCUUCGGCGGUGCUGACGGGGCUUCAGCGCGCGGCGCAGUAUCAGGUGCAGGUCCGCGCUCGCUCGCAGGCCGGCUACGGAUCGUUCAGCGCCUUGAGCAGCUUCUACACGCAGCCCGAAGGUGCGAGUAACUCUCAGCUGGUGGUGACGGGAGUUCUGGCCUCUAUGGGGAUACUGCUGCUCAUCGCCGUGGUGAUGGUCGCUGUGUACUGUUACCGCAGGAGAAAGAAGGAUUCAGAAAUGAGCGAUAAGAGCGGACACUACCCGAUGGGACAGACGAUGAAGGUGUACAUCGACCCGUUUACCUACGAGGACCCCAACGAAGCGGUGAGGGAGUUCGCCAAAGAGAUCGACGCCUCCUUUGUUAAGAUAGAGGAAGUGAUCGGAGCAGGUGAGUUUGGUGAGGUGUGUCGCGGUCGUCUGAGGAUCCCAGGCAGGAAGGAGAACUACGUGGCAAUCAAGACGCUGAAGGGCGGCUACACUGAGAAGCAGAGGCGGGACUUCCUGUCGGAGGCGUCCAUCAUGGGUCAGUUCCAACACCCCAACAUCAUCCACCUGGAAGGUGUCAUCACCACUUCCUGUCCCGUCAUGAUCCUCACUGAGUUCAUGGAGAACGGCGCGCUCGACAGCUUCUUGAGGAUGAAUGACGGACAGUUCACCACCAUCCAGCUGGUGGGGAUGUUGCGUGGGAUCGCAGCAGGGAUGAAGUAUCUGUCAGACAUGAGCUUCGUCCACAGAGACCUGGCUGCCCGCAACAUCCUGGUCAACUCAAACCUGGUCUGUAAGGUGUCAGAUUUUGGUCUCAGCAGGUUCCUGACUGAAAACUCUUCUGACCCAACGUACACCAGCUCUCUGGGAGGGAAGAUUCCUAUUCGAUGGACGGCUCCUGAAGCCAUCGCCUACAGGAAGUUCACGUCAGCCAGUGAUGCAUGGAGUUACGGCAUCGUCAUGUGGGAAGUGAUGUCAUACGGAGAACGACCAUACUGGGACAUGAGCAAUCAGGACGUGAUCAACGCCAUCGAGCAGGACUACCGGCUGCCCCCGCCGCCGGAGUGUCCCGCCUCCCUGCACGCACUGAUGCUGGAUUGCUGGCAGAAGGAACGAGCCAACCGGCCGCGGUUCUGUGACGUGGUGGCGGCGCUCGAUAGGCUGAUCCGAAACCCCGCCUCCCUGAAGGUGACGCACCCGGAUGGACCGAGCUCGUCCCAGCCUCUGUUGGACCAGCGUGUCCCCCCUCCUCUCUCGGCCUGUGGUUCAGUCUCCGAGUGGCUUCGAGCCAUAAAGAUGGAGCGAUACGAGCAGAGCUUCCUGCAGGCCGGAUUCACCAGCCUGGACAUCGUCUCACAGCUCAACACUGAAGACCUGCUCAGAGUGGGCGUGACCCUCGCCGGCCACCAGAAGAAAAUCCUCUCCUCCAUCCAGACGCUCAGAGUACACAAAACCCCGUCCACCCUUCUCUACUGACCAGUCAAAGCCCCGCCCUGCCGUACUGUCCAAUACCACAACACUCAGGAUGUCGAGCCCCGCCAGCUCUUUUGUAUGACCACUUAACUCCGAUCCAUCUUUCUGACCAAUCAGAAAGCCCCUAGGACCACCAAGACUCGGCAUCCUGAUGGUUGGACCAAUGACAGGUUGUUGUGAAAUUUAAAAAGCACAAAGAAUCAGAACACUAAACAUUUAGCGAGAGUUAAUGCUCUUUAAGCUUCAUACUCUUUGACUCAGGUGCAAAAAGACUCCACCUACCUUGUUACUCUGACCAAUCGGAACAAAAGAGAGUUGACCACCAGCAGCAGUAAGACUUCUAAAGUUAAGCGAGCACUUGGCUGGUCAACACUCAGGACAUACGAAGCCCUGCCUUACCAAACCCGUCCGGCCGACCCAAUGCUCAGGAAACCCAAAGGUCCUUUCUGAAACGACCAGUCAGGUCAAGGUUAACCUCGCCUCAAACCCUGGACUGCCAGCAGUCACCGGCUAAUUAGCAUACAACACAGAAAGGACAUAGGAGGACAUUUCUCAUGCAGAUUUAGUUAAACAGACGUUUCUUAGUGGACGCAGAUUAUUGCAGUUCUUGGUGUAACUGCUCGCUCUGGCCCUGCUGUUAUCACUGUGCCCCACCCACUGCAAUAAAGAACAGCUGGGAUUGGUUCCCAGCCCUGUCCAUCCCCACAGCAAUAGCAGGAUGGUGGUUGGCCAGCUGGAUUGCCAAAGACUUGAGAUUUGGGAUCUUCCCGUGCUGCAACAUUGACGCACCUAUUAACUGCAAAAAUGGAAAUACAGAACCGGAUGAAUGCCUUCGAUUUGUUUUCUCAAUGUUCUACUGGUGUUCAAACAAAGAAAACCCUUUAAUGGAUGAGCUGAUGGUCAAAAGUAAAGCUGCCACUACGACUGCCGAGGACAGAAAGACGUUUAGUAAGAACCGAAGGGGAUUGAGUCGUGAACUGGGUUGUGUUGGAGUGAAAUUUCAGCACUGUGGAUCUCUCUAAAUACUCCAUUGGGAAUAUUCUGGGAUUUUAUCAGGCCAUUUUUGAGGAAUUUUAAAGAAUGUUGUGGAAUUUGGACAACACUGUGGAGGAAUGUUUUUGAGUCCAAGGAAUUCCCAACAGACUGGUCGGUAGUGUCCAUCAGUUUGGGAAUAUUUACCUGAGGGACAUCAGGACAUUCUGAGGGGAUUUCCGUUGUGUCACGUCAACAUGUUCCGGUAAAGUUCUACAGAGUUUCUUACUCUCCAUAACCUGUGAGAAAUCUUCUGGGAUUGCCUCAGAACACACUGGUGAACGUCCUGAGGAAAUCUUCACGAAUCUUCGAGAACAGUGCCCAAGCUCUCAUGGAAAUCCUUCAGGAACUGUUAUAGAACGUCUCUAAGGUUUUUUUUUCGAGAUUACUGUGAUUCUUCAGGUGCUGAAAUUCCCUAGAAUACUGGGAGACUUUUAGGAUGCCUUUCAGAAAUAUUAACAUUACAAUACAGGUCUCUUGAAAGGACGGCAAGUUUUUUAUACUCCUGUUCGGCUCCUAUAAAUAGUUGUCCAGAGUAUUGUGGAUUUCAAACUUGUAAAAGUAAUUAAAUGUACUUUACUGAGGCUGGGUUCCCAUACUGAGUGAUCUACAACUAUUUUCAAACCUUAAAGUGAUACUACACCCAAAAUCUUUGCUUUUAAUAUCAAACACGAAUUGUUGCAGACUUGAAAGGUUUGCAGUUUGGUCUGGUUGGUGGUCAGCCGUUAUUCGUUCAUGUGAGAUACAGUGGAUUCCGAUGUGAGUAUCAGUUUGAAGCGUUUCAGUUUCAAGCCUCUGAAACAAAACCACCUCUGAGAAAUAUAUCAGUCUCCAGGGACUUUAGCUGGUUUUUCAAGAAGUAAGGGGCUGGUUUAUUGAUGUCCCAGGUCCCUGAGUGUGGGAACCGUUGCAGGUUUGACUGCUACACCAGAAAUAUUAAAACUAUUUGGAUUGUAGAACUGUUGAUGGUUUUGUAUUUUAGCACUUUUUGUACCUGAUAUUUGAUCAUGAUCAUGUUUUUAAGCAGAGCAGGAGAUCAGUGUUUUUUAUACUAAACGUACGAGUCAGGAAAUUCUGUCAUUUUCAUUUAGUAUUGAAAGGAAAAACACAAAAAUGUUCAGGACCAAAGAUCACAUCUGAAGUCAGUCAGUUGUUUUUUUUCCCCACAGGAACAAGAGUAUCUGUCUUACUCACUACAUAAAUAGUUCAGUAAUGCCCCAGUAACCAUCCCGACCACUUCUGAAACACCAGGAAAAAACACUGAACACGUCCCAAACAUUUGGCAGCUCAAAACCCUCAUUUUUGCUCAGUUUCAGCGCUUCCGCAGUGUUGUAUCUGUUCAGUCUCGUCUGUCCGGCAGCCAAACAUUCAUUAGUGUGAUAAGAGAAGCCAUGAGAUGAGCUGGAAAAGCUUCUAAUGACAUUGCACAGAGUUGGCAAAGGGUCUUCUGUCUUCAUUUUAACUAAGGAAAGAAAAGCGGACCACUGCUGAUGCUUUUCCGUUACAACAGGUCUAAUCAAAGCGGUGUUUCAAUUGUUCAGAUUUUUAAUUCGAUUGAUCUUUCUCCGAGGGGGUACACGGCCGUCGGUGAGCACAACACCAGACCCGUUUGAAUCACUGAGCAAGUCAGAGAUGCAGGUGAUGAUUCAGGGUUCUGGAAACAGGCUGCUCUUGCACCGUCCUGGCUAAAAAUCCAGGUAAUGAAAACCAUCAGCCCGUUGUUAGAUGCUGAUGAAGAACUCAGCCUAUUAUUUUCAGCUGUCUUCCAGGUUUCUGUUACCACAAUAACUCGGCUUUGGCCGCAGGACCAAAGAGCCGAGCGGAUAAAUCGGGGCAACAUCUGGAAAUCAGGUUAAGCUGAACCUGGUUAAAUCAGCAAGAUUUUCCUACUUUGAUUCGGUCUGCAGACUAACUAAAAACUGACUGACUUCAGGACUCCUCACUGUCACCCAUUGGUCCACUGACUUGUCAUUUAAACCACUAACUAGCCGAUGACAGCGCUACGGGGAGUGUUUCCACGACAACUCCCAACUUUUUUAUAGUGUACGGUUGCAUGAUGAGGGUUUGCGUCAGUGGCCUUCACAUUGAAGGCCGCUGCAGUGAUGUCAUGGUUGUUGAUUCUGUUGAUUGGCUGAUUCAGGAGCUGAAGGUUCCUACUGGAAAUCAUGUGACCAAGCCUUAAUAGUGCAUCCAGACUGAGGUCAGCUGCGGCCCUUUCACUUUCAAUGGGCGCAGAGUAACGUAAACAUUAUAUCUUGGAAAAGAUAUGUCAUCAAGUCCGUCCUCCGCUGUAGAUUGACCCUGAACGGAGCUGAGGAGGACCUGGUCUGGAUUCUGGUUUCAUAUUGUGGUGGGAAACACAGCAGCUGAACCUGGAUCAGCAGCAGCUCUCUGUCUUUUAUAAAAAAUGAAAAUAAAUUACUAUUAUUAUUAUUAUUACUAUUGUUAUAUAGGAGAUUGUCCACUGGCCGUGGGUAGUGUCUGUCAGCCAAUCACAAUAAAGAUGAAUCGUCCUGCUAAUGAAAUGUCCUGCUGUCAGUUUGUUUGUGUAACAGGAAGAGCUGAUUUUAAGUGUUUCGAACCAAGUCCAUCCCCGCUUGGUCACAUUAAACCCAGGAUCGGUUCAGAUCCAGCAGAAGCUACUGUACAAUGAUUAGGCAGCCUAGUCCACGUGGGCUUGGACUGGAAACGGCUUUACUGGCGGCAAAAUGAGCCUUACUGGAAGUAUUUUAGUUCAAGUCUCUUUUUCUUGUAGUUCAGUUGACUCACUAUGUUUCACAUUACAAGUAAGGAACACAUUUACAAAGUAUUUAGUGCUAAUUCAGUAAACUUACAAUUUUAAGGCAG